GUCACUGGCAUGUAUCAUAUAAAUUUGUUUCUCCUAUCGAUCGACUAACCGUCUACCUGCUGAUCCAGCCGGCUGAUCAGAAGCCAACCGAAAGCAGGAGAAGUAUAUUCGCUUCUAUCGUCGCUAGACGAUGGAGGGUUGGUGUCCCGACCGUGUAGAAAAUGUGACAAUCGAUGGCGGCAAGCGCGAUCGCGCCGCUUCAGCUGGAGUACCUGGAAUCGGCCUCAGUGAGACGAACGUCAAGUAAACUGAAACUACGCAUGAGAAAAACAAGGGGAACUGCAGUACAAGCAAUAGAAAAAGUCAGUUCAACAUUGAAGGCAUUUGAGGGUGAUAUCCAGUGGACACAUCCACUCCUGUUGGUCCGCUGUCUCGCCCACAGCCAGAGCAGAUCGGCAUCGUGGGUCGUUCUUUGUUUUGUUUAUUUGUCCGUAUUUCGUUCCGGCAUGUUGAUUCCACGGUGUAAGGAUUCGAUGAGGGAUCAGUUAAUUACGUUGUGGCACUUGUUGCCAGGCAAGAACAUCGCGCAAAUGCGUUGGAGUGCAAAGACUGAAAUUGGUCGGUUGUUACAACAGGAUCUCUACACUAGAGCUGACGGGUCUUACAAUUUGUCGGGCAAACUACCCUUCCUUGAAGCGGUAGACGACGUGGCAGCCUGGGCUGUAGCUCCGGUGUGCCUUUCUUAACGCUUAUAUCAUAUCAUAAGCAUAUACAAGUUGGAGGAAAACAAAACUCCCAGUUGUACAUUGGGAUGCUUGCUCACGGCGUUCUUUAAGGAGCUUCCGAUGGCACUCUCGUAUUAGUGGCUCGCCUUCGCUGACGCUAGCAACAUCUUGAUGACGCUGCUAUUUCUUUCAAUUAAUUAAGAUAAACGCUUGUAUAAUUGACACGCAUACGCUUCUUCGAACAA